CGCGCGCCGAGUCCCCCGCCGCGAGCGCGGCCCGCCCAACCGCCACGCUGGAGGAGCGCCGCAGGACCGAGCCCCGGAGAAUGGAGGAUGAGGCGGUGCUGGACAGAGGGGCUUCCUUCCUUAAGCAUGUAUGCGACGAAGAAGAAGUGGAAGGCCAUCACACUGUCUACAUCGGGGUCCACGUGCCUAAGAGCUAUAGGAGAAGGAGACGCCACAGAAGAAGACCUGGGCUAAAGGAGAAGAAGGAAAGAGAAAAAAUCUCUGAGUACUACUCCGACAAAUCAGAUGUAGAAAAUGCGGAUGAGACGAGCAGCGGCAUCCUUAAACCACUCAUCUCCCCCGCUGCCGAGCGAAUCCGCUUCAUUUUGGGUGAAGAAGAUGACAGCCCUGCACCCCCUCAGCUCUUCACCGAACUGGACGAGCUUCUGGCUGUUGAUGGACAAGAGAUGGAGUGGAAGGAGACGGCAAGGUGGAUAAAGUUUGAAGAGAAAGUGGAACAGGGCGGAGAGAGAUGGAGCAAGCCUCAUGUCGCGACGUUGUCCCUGCACAGCUUGUUCGAACUGAGGACGUGUAUAGAGAAAGGAUCCAUCCUGCUGGAUUUAGAGGCCACUUCUCUCCCUCAGGUAGUGGAGAUGGUUGUUGACAAUCAAAUUGAGACGGGCCUGUUGAAACUAGACAUGAAGGACAAGGUCACCUACACGCUGCUCAGGAAGCACCGGCACCAGACCAAGAAAUCCAACCUACGCUCUCUGGCUGACAUCGGGAAGACCGUCUCCAGUGCAAGUAGGAUGUUUACCAACCCUGAUAAUGCACGCAGCCCACUUGAGAGUUCUGUGCCCUGCCUAGCAACCCGCACGUUGGAUGAUGAAAUCCGAGUGCAGCGCAGCCCCAGCGUGGGAUGGCUAAGCAGUCCAGCCAUGACUCAUAGAAACCUGACUUCCACCAGUCUGAAUGACAUCUCUGACAAACCUGACAAAGAGCAGCUGAAGAAUAAAUUUAUGAAGAAAUUGCCCCGUGAUGCUGAGGCCUCCAAUGUGUUGGUUGGUGAGGUAGAUUUCUUGGAAAACCCUUUCAUUGCCUUCGUCCGGCUGCAGCAGGCAGUUAUGCUGGGUGCUCUGACUGAAGUCCCUGUUCCUACCCGAUUCCUAUUCAUUUUGCUGGGUCCGAAGGGAAAAGCGAAGUCCUACCAUGAGAUUGGUCGAUCCAUUGCCACUUUGAUGUCCGAUGAGGUGUUCCAUGACAUUGCCUAUAAAGCCAAAGACAGGCAGGACCUGAUCGCUGGAAUCGAUGAGUUUCUGGAUGAAGUCAUUGUGCUUCCACCUGGGGAGUGGGACCCUGCCAUCAGGAUAGAGCCCCCCAAAUCUCUCCCAUCUUCUGAUAAAAGGAAAAACAUGUAUUCGGGUGCGGAGAACAUACAGAUGAAUGGAGAUACGCCUCAUGAUGGGGGCCAUGGAGGUGGGGGCCACGGUGACACUGAAGAACUACAACGAACUGGCAGAUUUUGUGGUGGUUUAGUCAAAGACAUAAAGAGGAAAAUACCUUUCUUCGCCAGUGACUUCUAUGAUGCUUUAAAUAUCCAAGCUCUUUCAGCCAUUCUCUUCAUCUACCUGGCCACAGUGACCAAUGCUAUCACUUUUGGAGGUCUGCUUGGUGACGCUACAGACAACAUGCAGGGCGUGUUGGAGAGCUUUCUGGGCACAGCAGUCACUGGAGCGGUCUUUUGCCUUUUUGCUGGUCAGCCACUCACAAUUCUGAGCAGCACAGGACCUGUCCUUGUCUUUGAAAGACUCCUGUUUAAUUUCAGCAAAGACCAUGACUUUGAUUACUUGGAGUUCCGUCUCUGGAUUGGCCUGUGGUCAGCCUUCCAGUGUCUUGUUCUGGUUGCUACUGAUGCCAGCUUCCUGGUCAAAUACUUCACCCGCUUCACAGAAGAGGGAUUUUCCUCCCUGAUCAGCUUCAUCUUCAUUUAUGAUGCUUUCAAGAAGAUGAUCAAGUUAGCAGACUAUUACCCAAUCAAUUCCCAUUUUAAAGUGGACUAUAUCACAUUUUACUCCUGUGUCUGCAUGCCACCAGAGCCAGAUAAUAGCUCAGUAUUUAAUGAGACGACAGCAGCGCCACUUGAUUGGCUGACCAGUUCCUCUGCUGAGAAGUACAAUAACACAGUCGACUGGCCAUCUCUGACAAAGAAGGAGUGCUGGAAAUAUGGAGGCUACCUUGUGGGCAACAACUGCAACUAUGUCCCUGACAUCACCCUCAUGUCUUUUAUCCUCUUCUUUGGCACCUACACGUGCUCCAUGGCCCUGAAGAAAUUCAAAACCAGCCGUUAUUUCCCAACCACUGCCAGGAAGCUCAUCAGUGAUUUUGCAAUUAUCUUGUCCAUUCUGAUUUUCUGUGGAAUAGAUGCCCUAGUAGGUGUGGAUACACCGAAACUAAUUGUGCCAAGUGAAUUCAAGCCAACCAGCCCCCACAGAGGCUGGUUCGUCCCACCCUUCGGAGGGAACCCCUGGUGGGUGUACCUUGCAGCAGCCAUCCCUGCACUGCUGGUGACCAUUCUCAUCUUCAUGGACCAGCAAAUCACAGCUGUCAUCGUCAACAGGAAAGAGCACAAGCUCAAGAAAGGUGCUGGCUAUCAUCUGGAUUUGUUUUGGGUGGCUAUUCUGAUGAUUAUAUGUUCCUUCAUGGCCCUGCCCUGGUACGUUGCUGCUACUGUGAUCUCCAUUGCCCACAUCGAUAGCUUGAAGAUGGAGACCGAGACCUCAGCACCUGGAGAACAACCCAAGUUUCUGGGAGUGAGGGAGCAGAGAGUCACUGGAGUCAUUGUAUUCAUUCUCACUGGUGUGUCAGUCUUUAUGGCUCCCAUCUUGAAGUUUAUACCGAUGCCUGUGCUCUAUGGAGUGUUCCUAUACAUGGGUGUUGCUUCCCUUAAUGGAGUGCAGUUCAUGGAUCGUCUGAAGCUGCUUCUGAUGCCUCUGAAACAUCAGCCUGACUUCAUUUAUCUGCGUCACGUCCCGCUGCGCCGGGUCCACCUGUUCACGUUCCUGCAGGUGGUGUGUCUAGCCCUCCUCUGGAUCCUCAAGUCAACUGUGGCUGCUAUAAUCUUCCCAGUCAUGAUCCUGGCGCUUGUGGCCGUCAGAAAAGCCAUGGACUACGUCUUCUCCCAGCAUGACCUCAGUUUCCUUGACGACGUCAUUCCAGAAAAGGACAAGAAGAAGAAAGAGGAUGAGAAGAAGAAGAAAAAGAAGAAGGGCAGUCUGGAUAGUGACAAUGACGAUGAGAAAAAUCACCAACAUUCCUUGAACGCCAUACAUCAUGCUGAUAAAAUUCCUUUCCUUCAGUCACACACUAUGCCAAGCCCUCCACGAACUCCAGUGAAAGUUGUGCCUCAAAUUAGAAUAGAACUUGAGCCUGAAGACAAUGGUUAUUUCUGGAGGAGCAGGGGAACAGAAACUACUUUGUAACUUUUUUGUUUGUUAAACUUAUACUGAACUUUUUUUUUGUCACCAGCCAAAUAUUAAAAUGCUCUCUGCUUCCCUGCCGCAUAGGUAAAUCUGACACACACUGUACCUUCCCUCUACCUUUCUCACCCAGUUUUUCCACUCACCAACAUUCGUUUUUGCCUUCUGUCACUCAGACACACACGCAUCUCUCAUUUUUUUAAGCAGAGGGCAGAAGUAUUAAGGAUAUAUUAUAAAUACCGUUGUGAAAUGUCAGAGGAACUGACAUUACCUUAGUUGUGAAUCAGUGUUUGUUUUUCUUUUUUUCUGUCUGGCAGAACAAAACUGACCUCCAGGCUAAUUCAAUGUCUUUACUACACUACUGGAAAGUGCUGCUAUACUAACUUGCUCUUAAAGUCUAUACUUGUAGUGUCAAGAGAAGGAAAACUUAAAGGUACUUCACUCCCAGCACAGACAAACUAUUGCCAGCGUUGUAGCUUGUGUUCUGAAAUGUCCCUUUCCUAUGCAACUUUUUUUUUAAACACUUUAAUGGACUUAUCUGUCAGGUACACUGAAGAGUGUUAUUUUCCUAGAUUAUUUUGUUUAAAUUAUGGGGCCUAACCUGCAACUUUUUUGUCAAUUUUUUAAACUUUUUUUUAAUUACUGUAAAGAAAAAUGAAUUUUUCCUGCAGCAGGAAACAUAUAGUUUGGAGUAGUUCUACCUCUUAUUGCUAGAUGCCAGGCUUUCUGUAAAAAUGUAUUGUACGAUAUAUAAUGUGAUUUUUACAAAAAUUACACAAUCUCCAAGUCAUGGCAUAGGGCUGGAUCAGUUUUAAUAAUACCUUCCAUCUGAAGCUUGUUUGUUUUUAAAGACUCUAGCUGUACAUGAAGGUGACAGGAUGUAGGUUAACUCUUGUGUGGUGUAGGAAGAGACUUGCAUUUAAUGGCAAUAACUGAUGUACUGACUGGUAGUGUCAGUGGACAGAUGCUGAUUGUAUUAAUUUUGUUGCUUUCCAAUACAGUACAGUUAGAAUUAUUUCAUGUACAGACGUGUGUGGCUGUACACAUUUGCAUGUAAUACAGCGUGGACACCAUGAUCAUAUGGUUAAGAGGAAGAUAGUUUUUAAUCUUACUUAUCUGGAUAUAUACAUCCAUAACAUUUCCUACUUAGGAAAGCCACCAAUCAGUCAUGAAAGUCUACACUCUGAAUGCAGAUAAAUGUACUGUACUCCCCCAGAUCCAUUCACCAUUGUGUAUAGAACUUAGAAUCCACCAUGACAAAGAUACCAUUUAGAAUGCAUCUUUUUAAAUGGAUAAAAUAUCCACAUUACUUUGCUUCUAAACAAAGCAGGCAAAUGUCACUUUGAAUGAGGUAUUUUUUAUCCUCUCUUGUAUAUACUUUAAAAAAAUAAACAUACCAAACCAUUUUGGAAAUUGGGCAUUACUAUGAAAUUUAUCCAUGUGACUGUCUGACAAGGUUCCAUUGUACACACAGUCAUGGCAUCGUUUAUCCUCCAUGGGGGACUCUUAGUUGCUACUCAGCUAGGGGUCUGCUCCAAUUUCCACUCCAUUGUUCCUUCAAGGGCCCCAUGCAUAUUUUUCCAGCCCCUUCACCCACCCUACCAACAAGGGUUCUAGAAGAGCCCAGAUGCUCAGGCCUUCCCAGCUGGUUUUUACCUCCAAACUCCUCUUCUCUUGGGGAACAGUCAGGAAAUGCUGACCCUGUCGACAGCAUCUUACCACCUGUUUCUCCACAGCAUUUGGAGAGGAGACUGGGCAUGAGAGAGCACUGUUUCGGGCAGAGACUUUUAUAGGGUCAAGAAACCCAGGGAUUGGCACUCCACUUUUAUUUGCCCCUCUGCCAGAUCUACUGUGUCUGUGAAUGAAAGUGAAGAGAACAGUCUGGCCCCUAGCCAUUGAUAGUAGCCGCACCUCGGAGGGGUGUCGGAAGUGUGGUAGCAUGCAGCUGCUUCUGUUGAAAGCAAUGGGCGUCUUGCCACAGGCUGGGUUUCCUCCUAGUGGCUUUAAGGGGCUGGCCUAAUAUUUGAUACCAUGUGCAUUUAAAAAAAA